GUCGGGGGGACUCCCAGGAGGGCGACGGCGCUGGGUGCGCAAGCGCCCUCUCAUGGCCGGAGAUCAGGACGAGGAGCUGGACGGGAGCGCGCAGCUGUACACCCCGUCGGGCGACGAGCUGGACGGGGAGGGCGGUGGACUGCCUCCUGCCCCCGCCGAGGAGCUGCGGCUCGUCGAGGGCCAGGCGUAUUCGUCGACGGGCUACAAUGCCCAGGGCGACAUCCAGUGCCGCUUCACUUGGGUCGCCCUUCGCCUCUCGGUCGGAGUCGAGACGUACGCCAGGCCGAGGUUCCUCUUCUCAGACGACCCGUACUGGGACUGGUGGGCGUCGAACCCAGGCGAGCGCGGGGCCGUGACUGCGCGGCCCCUCGUCCACGUGUGCCGGACGCAGCCGUGCCAGGUCCAGCCGCCGCGGGGUUGCUCGGAGCUGGUGCACAUCACAGACGCGACCGCCGUCUCGGCCGACGAGCUGCGGGAGGUCUUCGCGGCGUUCCUCUCGGACAACCCAGACGCGGUCUGGCCCGCCGACCUCUUCGGGCCGCGGCUCACUGGAGGGGUGCCUGGGGAGGCGCCUGCCAGGACGCCGGCUCCGUCGGAGCAGCCAGGACUGGACGAGCUCUGGGGCGGCGACGUGGUCGAGGCGGAUGGGGGCGGCCGCCGUGCCAGCCUCCGCGGGAAGCUGGAGGCGGCGCAGGCGGUCGCUGCCCUGGACGACGAGCCGCCGGCGAAGAUUCCGCGGCAGGGCGGGCCGCCACCGCAGCGGUCGCUUGCCGAGGUCCUCGAGGACCGCGUGCGGAAGGCGGCGAAGGUCGGAGCAGCUGCAUCGGCCGAGGACGCCAAGGGAGCAGAGGCGGCCGCCCCCGCCGUUGGUCAGGGCGGAGCUGGCGUGCAGGAGCUGCUGACGGCCCUCCUCAAGGCGCUGCAGAGCGCGACCAGGUCGUCCGAGGACCCGUCCUUCGGCGGCGAUGGUGGUGUCGCCACCGCCGAGGGCGACUUGCUGCCGAAGGGCCUUGCGUCUCGUCGGGCCCACUGCAGGAGGUUGGCCCUGGAGCACCCAGGGAGACUCGCGGAGCUGAGCCUGGCGCAGAUGGCAGAGUUCUUGGGGUCGCAGGACGGCGGCGGGUCGGUCGAUCCGCAUGGCCCGAUCGUCCUUCGAUUCCUCCUGUCGGUCUACUUGCCGCAGCAUCCGGUGAAGGAGAUAGGGGGCGAGAUCUACCGCGAGUUGCGGACGAUCGCGGAGGCGCUGGACCUGUUGCUGCAGGGCCGCACGGCCGCGGUGGCCGACAUCCUGGCCCAGCGCUUCAAGGCCAUCCAGGUGGCGGUCGGCGACGGGAGCUGGUCGGCGGCGAAGUGGCUCGAGCUGAUACCGCCGCGGGACCAGCCUCUCGCGCUACGCAACGAGGAGGAGGAGAUGAUCAGGAGCAUCCAGCACGGGGAGCUCAAGCUGGAGGCCCCGGCGCAGAGGCAGCCAGCGGCCGCGGGCUCCGCGGAGGCCGACCGCACGCUGGCGGACAGGUCGGCAGCCCCAGCCCGUGCGGUCGUGUUGGCGCGGCCCUGGAAGGACGCCAAGGCGAAGUACCCGAAGAAGGCUGGCGAGUCGGUGAAGGCGUACGAUGCCCGCCUGCGGAGCCUGGCAGAGGCGGCAGGAGCCCUGGCGCGGGAUGAGGCGACGCCGCGGGGGGGGCAGCUCUCUGUUGCCGAGCUUUGGUCGGAUUUCUCAGCGGGCGAGGACUCGUUCACCGCUUCGGACUUCCAUGACUGGCAGCGCGUGGUCACGGUCGGCUUUGGGUCGAGCCUCACUGCCGUGGACUUGUCGGUCACCCUGCUGGGCCUUACCAUCACGGACCCUGGGGGUCUGGGCGCCUUCGCCAGGGAGUUCACGAUGCGUACGUCCACAAGGUCCGUCAUGAUGGAGUGCUGGCUUUACAUGGAGGUGCUUGGCCUGAACCGCAUGUACUGCGGGCGGGCGACCGCCACUUGGCAGCACGAGGGGUCCCUCACGCUGGCGCAGCGGCAGGCCAUGGCGCACCUCCUGUCGCGGGCUGAGGUCUUUGCGGAGGACCCCUUCGCGAGCGUGGAGGUGCCCGCGCUGUCGUCCGCCCUCCAGCACGCUGCCAUCGACUACAGCGGGGAGCCCGCGGUCAAGGCACUCCCGUGCGUGCUCGCGGAGCUGAAGCCGGGCUUGCCGCAGCCCGAGCACGCAGGCGCCUUGGACGCGUGCGAGUUCGUGGAUGCGGACAUUGGCGCCUGGCUGAACGACCCCUCGGUGGCGCUGAAGCCCGAGGCCGAGUGGCCCAACCCGCUCCCGAGGGCGCGGGUCAACGUCACCUCUGACAGCGACUGGGAGGCCCUCGCGGUGCACUUGGUGGAGCUGGGCAUCUUUACGGUGCUUGAGCCGCAUGAGGUGUUUCAGGUGCGGGGCGCUCCGCUCCUCAACGGCCUCUUCGCAGUCGAGAAGAAGGGAGCGCCUGGGCCAGGGGCCGAGCGGGUCACCAGGCUCAUCCUGAACAUGGUCCCAGGCAACUCGCUCCUCAAGCCGUUCGUCGGUGAGGCGUCUACACUCGCGGCGUCGACGGGCUGGGCGACCCUUCACCUGCCCGAGGGCUCCCUGCUGCUGUGGUCUGGCGAUGACCAGAAGGGGGCCUUCUUUGUGUGGCGGAUCCCGCGCUGCUGGCAUGCUCACAUGGCGGUGGGCAAGGCGCUGCGCGGCGACCUGUUUGGGCGCGCGGCGCCGCGGGUCUUCGUCGCCUCAGCGGUCAUCUCGAUGGGUUGGAUGCUCGCCGUGCCGCUGUUCCAGCACAUACAUCGGCGAUUGUGUCGGCUUCCUCCCCCGCUUGGAGCGGGCCUACCGCCAGAGGCAGAAUGGCGGAAGGACACGGUGCGGCCGCUCGCUUUUGCUAAGCAGGGUCCCGUCCUUGCAUCUUGGUGGCAGGUAUACAUCGACGACUUCGACGCCCCCGAGAUCAUCGAGGAGGCCGCGGCGCUAGAGCUGCUUGGUAGCCAGGCAGAGUUGCAGGCCGCGGCCCGUGCCAGCUACGAGCGUGCGCAGGUGGCGAUCUCCUCCGACAAGGCGCACCUCCGCCAGCUUCGCGUUGAGAGGAUGGGGGCUUCCGUUGACGGCGUCACAGGGCGGAUCGGCGCCCCCCUCAGCAAGGCGUUGUCCGCCUGCGCUCUCGCCAUCGCGACGCUCGGCCUGGACUUGGUCCCGUGGAGGCUGGCCAUGACUGUGCUCGGCCGCAUUGUCAGGGUCUUCGAGUUUCGGCGGCCCUUGCUCAGCAUCUUGAAUGCAGUGUGGAGGCUUUCGGAGCCGCGGGCGAAGGUCUACCUGACGCGGGAAAUGAGGGAGGAGCUGAUGACGGCGCUCCUCGUGGUCCCGCUCGCCGCUACUUCGUUGAGGAGCCGCCUCGAAGGGAUGGCGUCGUGUUCAGACGCGUCCGAGUUCGGGGGGGGAGUCUGCGUGUCGACGGGCCUCCACGAGCAGGCGGAGGCGACUAUCCUCGCCGCCGGCGAGCCUGGCGCUCAGCUGGGCGCUGGGGCGAGGGUCCUCGGCCUGCCCGUCGAUCCGCGGGCGCCCUGGACUCGCAGCAAUCCGCGGAUCCCGCGGGCCAUCGUCGCCCGAAUCCUCAGAGUCCUCUGCAUCGGGCUGUUCGACGGCAUCGGCGGGUUGGCGGUCGCGCUCUCGCGCCUGCCCGUGCGCAUCGUCGGGUACGUGAGCGCCGAGACAGACGCCAAGGCCAGGAGGGUCGUACGGCUCAGGUGGCCAGGCGCCAUCGACUGGGGCGACGUCAGGACCGUGACCGCCCAGACGGUGGAGGACUUGAGGAUCGCCUACCAGUCCGAGGUCGACCUUGUGGUCGCGGGCGCAGGCAGCCCGUGCCAGGGGCUCACGGGGCUAAACGCUGCUGGGCGAGGCCUGGCCGACCCGAAGUCUUCGGUCUUCUUCGAGGUGCCGCGCAUCUUCGGGCUGCUGUCAGACGCUUUCGGGGCGAGUUUCAGGUGGUUCGCGGAGAACGUCGCGGGCAUGACGUCCAGCAGCCUGCGUGGCAUGAACCAGGCCCUCGGCGUCAAGCCCGUGUUUCUGUGCACCUCGGCCCUGGUGCCCUGCAGGAGGCCGCGGCUGUAUUGGCUGAGCUGGAGCGUCCGCCCGACCCCGCCGCUGGUCCUCCAGGAGCGCGAGGAUAUGUUCGUGGUCAGCUGCAAUGAGCCGCCCCUGUUGAAUUUCGAUUGGCGGGAUCCUGGCGCGCGCUGGCUGGGCGAGCCUGGGCCUUACCCCACCCUCGUGUGCAGCAGGCCUCAGCGGGGCUACCCUUCAGCGCCGCGCGGGGUGAAGAGUGCUUCGCCCGAGGCGCUCGCUCGCUGGCAGUCGGAUUCGUAUCGCUACCAUGUUGCGCUCUACGAAGAGAAAAACCUCUUGCAGGACAGCGACGGAUCCUUGCGAGUCCCUUCGAGCUCCGAGCGGGAGAGGAUGAUGGGAUUCGACGUGCGUUACACGGCUGUAGCCACGAAGGGCUCGAACCAGCAGGAUAGCGACGACGCCAGGUCCUUCCUACUGGGCAACAGCUUCAAUGUGUUCUCGGUCGCUUGGCUGCUGCAGUGGCUCUUGCUGAACCUGGGGGCCGUGACGCGCCCACUGUCCAUGCAGGAGCUUGGGCACGUCGGCGAAUGCACGCCGUCGUGGGACGAAGCGGGCCGCUUCGAGAGCGACGCGGGGGAGCCAGAGACCGAAGCCAGCCGUCUCUUGCUCCUCAGCUACCUGGCCAGGUCCGAGAAGGGCGGGAGCGAUGUGCGUCUCGACGUGAACCUGCCGUACCGACCGAAGGGGUGGCCCAGAUCGUCGCUCGACCCGUUCGUGUGGAAGUGGCGAGUCGUGCUGAGUAUAGCUUGGCCCAAGCGGCAGCAGGCGCACAUCAACGUCAGGGAGCUGCAGGCCGCGCUCGCGGCGCUUCGGUGGCGGGCUCGUGCCGCUCGCCGCCACUGCAGCCGCUGGCUCCACCUCGUGGACAGCCAGGUCGUCGCGGCCAUCAUCACGAAAGGCCGGAGCAGCAGCGCUCGCUUGCAGCCGAUGCUCCGGCGCUGGGCAGCGGUCGCGGUCGCGGCCGACAUGUACCCGCUGAUCGGGUACAUCGUGUCAGAGAACAAUCCGGCCGACGAGCCAUCGAGAAAGCUGUGGCGGUACGCCGUUGCGGUCCGCAGGCUCUUGCACUACUACGGCGCUGAGGAGAGUGGCGCGCCCGCGCUCGCACUGGCCGUGGACGAUGCAGACGGCUUGGUCGCGGGCUUCCUCGAGAAGCUCUGGGCCGAGGGCGCUGGCAUUGCGGCUGCGAGCAACACCAUCGCAGGCGUGGCCUUCCUCUGCCCGUCUUUGCGCAGGAAGCUCGACUUGUCCUGGUCACUGCUGCGGACGUGGCGCCGCCAAGAGCCAGCGGCGCGCGUGCCCCCGCUGACCGCGGAGCUGGUCGGCGGCAUGGCGGGCUACGCCAUCGCAGCAGGCGCCUUCGACUUCGCCUGCCUUCUUCUCGUCAGCUUUGAAGCGAUGCUGCGAGGAGGGGGAGCUUUCAGCCUCACUGCAGGCGAUGUUCAUGAUCGUGGAUCGUGCAUGGUCAUCCGCAUUGGCAGCAGUAAGACCACGGCGGGCAAGGAUGCAGCUGAGGCCGUGGUGGUGCGGUCUAAGGCCUGCGUGCGGCUGCUGCGGCUGGUCGUGGCCAAUCUCGGGCCUUCAGACAGGCUUUCGCCCAGAUCGCCGAACCAGCUGAAGGCAGGAUUGCAGCGCUUGGCCGAGGCGCUCGGCUUUCGAGGCCUUUUCAGCUGGCACAGUUGCCGACGAGGCGGAGCAAGUGACUUUUUCUGCCGCUCCAGCUCGAUGGAGCAGACACUCGUCAAAGGACCCCAAACGACGGCCUACAGGGACGAGGCGCAAAGCAACCCCACGGAAGACGUGGACGAGAAG